AAAAAAAAAAAACACACACGCCAGCCCAAAGUUGCAUCCCACAUCCAGCAUGGAGACAGCAUGCCAGCCCAAAGUUACAUCCAGCGUGGAGACAGCAUUAAGCCAUCAACAGGUAACCCGCUCCCCUUCCCACCCAUCAUUAGGUCUCGGGCAGUCGGGCCCCACUGGGUCCCAGAACCCCUUCUCGUUUUGAGGAUCUCUGGAUUCGCUCCCACCGUCACCUCCUUUCCUUCCCCUCGCCGCUCUUUACCACCUCAGAAAUGACGGAAAGAGGCCCCUCCCCACCUCUUCAUUCCAGCCUCUCUUUCCCCUUUACAUUCUCUUCCUUAUCACAAGCACCUAAAGAGUAUUCCCCCUCCUUUUCUUCCCUUCCUUUAUAUCCUUCUCUUCUCCUCUCUUCUCUUCUCUUCUUUCUUCUUAGAAAGGGGGAGGAGAGAAGAAGAGAGAGAGAGAGUACCAGUCAUGAAUCUUCCUCGAAUUUCGUGCCCAGAGAACUCGUUCCUCUAUAACUCCACGUUGUGUGGGUGUAACCCAGGGUACUAUAAGGAGAAGGGGGGCAAAGGCUGUGUGCUGUUUGAGGUGGAGGACGGGGACUGGACGGUGGGGAUGACACGGGUGGCGGGGGCGACGGGUCCCACGUUCCUGGAGGAGCUGCUGCCGUUGGACGACGUGCGGCGGAUUGUGCGGUCGGAGGCGGCGCUGCUCAAGGCCAUGCUUGUCGCCAUCGUCUCCUGGCUCGCCUUCUGCGCCGCGGUCCGGCUCGGGCCUGUCGACGGCGGCCGGACCGUCUGGUUCCGUGUACGGUGGCGCAUCAGCCGGCUCGACCUCCGGUUUGCCACCAAACAUCAUCUGGUUAGAUUCCUCCUCCACUCCCUCUCUCUCUCUCUCUAUCCUCUCUCUUUUCUUGUUUUUCUUUUACCGGGAAUGGUAGGUUGCUUUGUUCUUUGGGUUUGGUUUGUGGUCCAGAAAGGUGAUUUGAUGGUGGGUUUAGGGUGGUGGUCGAAUCUGUGGGGCACCGUGAAGCUGGGAUAGGGUUCGUAUAAAUGGAAAGGCGAUGUGCCGCGCAUUCACUGCGACUGUGUUGGUUGGUUGCAUCAUGUGUAUGGUGCAAGACUCACGUUCAGCUGGACCGGCCUCGUUGGAUUUGGCCGUCCUGUACGGAAAAGUGUUCACUUAGACCAGCAAUACUAUAGAGUGAAAUUUUUAGUUGGAACUGGUUGGGCCAGCCUAAUCACAAAUUAACACGUUUGUAUUCCUCAAUUUUUCUCUAUUCCAACUUUGUUUAUAUUGGUUUGUAGUUGGAUUGGUCCACUACUGAGUUGGUAGACCUAGACCAAUCGAUAAUUUCUCAUACUAUAUAUAAUUAUUUUUAC